GUAAUUUUUUUUUAAUAGCAUAAUUACCGGCGUCAAUUUCAAUUUUUUAGCGUGCAUUUGAUUAUUUCCAUUUUAUAACCACUUUUCGAAUUCAUGUAGGCUUUACUUAUAAUUUUCACUUAAACAGUAAUAGAGUCAUACAGGUGUAGAAUUGGUGGCAACGGUGGUCAUUUGAGUUUCUUCAUAUUGCGAGCAUAGUUUUAGGGCUAAAUGAGCGGAGACUAUUAAAACCUGGACCCUGAACUUGGCUCAAUUACUUUGAAGGCUGUGUUUGGGUGAGGAUGAAGGGGGGGAGAGGGGGAACAUAAAAUAUGAGGAGGUUAGUAACUGGUAAUGGAAUUGAAGGUGAAUGAGGGGGAAUAUGCAUUCUAAAUUGACAGAAAGAAAAAGGAAUUAAUGCCCAAAUUGUGGAAGAAUGGAUAGUAAGGAAUAAGAGCUAAUAUCAUUUUUUUGCAAUGACCAAUUAAUUCGUAAUGAUUUCUUUAGAAUGCUAUUUUCCCAAGUCAUCUUCUUACAAAGGAAAAGGAUAUUAUACAUCAAUUAUUUCCAUUCUGUUCCCUUUCUCCUCUUAUUAAAACAAGAAAAUAUAUUUUACUCUCAGUUCCCUUUUACUGGUUCCCAUAUGAAGUGAAGCACAUUGCUGUCAAUUGUUUAUGUUCGUUCCUGUCAUUUUCCUUUCCUGAACAGAUCCUAAGUUUUUGUAUCCUGUCAAUUUCCUUUCCUGAACAGAUUCAAAGUUGUUUUUUUUUUCGGUGUAGCUUAAUUAGGCUAUCUUUUUCAGCGAAAAGAAGUUGAUUCUGAAUUUGUUUUUGAACUCAAACUUGAGUUACAGAUCCUGGUUUGAUUUUUAUUUCAAAUGUCAAAAACAGAGGGCACAACCGUCUUUGGCAAACAUAAUUUAGAAGUCAAAUAUGCUACCAUAGGUGUUCUUGUUUGGAAUAUUACUUACAAUUUUGUACACCUCAAGUAGGAAAAAAAGUAUAUGAACUAUUUGAGGAGUAAUUCAUUACUGCAUGAGAACUCCUCCGAUGGUUGAUUUACACUGAUACUGGUAUAAAGUUGAAGAAGCUUUAUAGAUUAGUGGGAAUAGGUAUCCUAAAAGUCAAUGGUUGUAGUUUUGGCAUCUGGGGCAAUACACAUACGGUUGCACUUAACACUUUUUUCACAGAUGUUGCUUGCUUAUGGUUUCUGUUAGGCGUAUCUGUAUAAGUCCUUUUAAGUUUUAAGGCUUUGCAACCAAGUGAAUAUUGUUUAUUAGCAGCACCCUUGACAUGACUGUGAUUGAGGUUCAGUGUCUUCAAAUUACGUAAGAGAAUGAUGCAUUUGAAACAGAAAAACCUAACAACUGUUACUUUGAGUCCCGAGGUUUAAUGAAAAAAUAUUUUGUGUGCUGUGUGUUUAAAAUAAUCCAGCCUGGCUUGUGUACUAACUCAUAUGGAAAUCUGGGUUGUAGGUUGGUGGUACAAUUGUUGGGUGAUUUAAUGGAACUAGCUGUAAAUGAUGAAUGUUGGAAAUUAGGAACAAUUGGGGAGGAACCUAAGAAAUUCACGUUUAAAAAUUGGCUUAUACAGAAGAUUGACUUAGUUUGAUUUCCCUUCCAAGUAUAAACAUGAACAAAUAUAAACACUAGGAAAAGCAGUUUUACCUUCAAUUUUUCGAGCGAGAGAGAGAUGGUAUAAAAAGCAGACCAUGUUAGUUCUGCUGACUAAAUUCUUCAACUAAAUAUUGAUAUUCAUAUGCUAUCCUUGGUCCUCUGAUAUAUAGUCAUAUAAGUAAAUUUGAUGGGUUUGCUCAUGUCUUUUUUGAUCUUAUAAUAUCUUGUGUAAAUCAUGCUUGAAACUCCAGGUCUUCAUUGGACCAUGUCUGAUACUGAGCUAGUUGUGCAAAAUGAUAGUGCUUCCUCUCUCAUAGAAGAGCUCGGAAAGAAAUUUCUUGAACUAGAAGCUCGUAAAGAUACUAAUGCUGACAAGGUGCAGUGGAUGGAUAUUGAAGCACACUUUCGAGAUCUUGAGACAAAGUUGAAGUUAAAAUAUGAAAAGCUAGAAGCUAGGGAGAAGGAAUAUGAGGAACAAGAAGCUAAAACCCUUGCGUUGUUAGCGGAGAGAGAAGCUGCUGUUGCUGCUAAAGAGCAAGAUCUACUAGAUCGGGUGCAGGAACUUAAAGAUGCUGCUGUUGCUUCCAUCACCGAGGCGCGGGCAAAUCACCAACCAACUUUAUUGGAAUCUGUUGAUGGUGGAAACAGCAAAGACAGCAAGGUAAGCAGCUCUCUUGGUGAUACAAAUUCCCCAGAGGAGGACUUUCCUCGUAAAACAAGUGAAAAUGCUGCAAAUGUGGCUGCUGAUAUUAAGCCACGCCCAGAACUGACGCAAUUUUGCGAGCAGAUGGAUGCCAAAGGGCUUUUGAAUUUUACUAUGGAGAACCAUAAAGUUCUGUUUGCUAUUCGUGAGGAACUUUCUGUUGCGUUAAAAAGUGCAACUGACCCGGCACGUUUAGUGCUGGAUUCAUUGGAGGGAUUUUACCCUCCUGAUGAAACUAACCUACCAAUUGAUAAGAAGGAUGCUGCCCUUCUGGGCAAGCGCAAAUCCUGUGUUGUUUUUAUGGAAGCCAUGGCCGCCUUAAUGGCAAGAAUUGACCCAGGUGCUGAUAACCUUCUGAACCCUGACACCAAGCAGCAAGCCAAGGCAAUUGCUGAUGAGUGGAAGCCUAAGUUGUCUAGUGGAGGCAUUGAUGCUGCCAAUGGAAAUUCAUUGGAAGCAGAGGCAUUCUUGCAGCUCCUUGCUACUUUUAGGAUUGCUUCGGAGUUUGAUGAAGAAGAACUCUGCAAGCUUGUUCUUGUAGUUGCUCGCCGCCGGCAGGCACCUGAGCUUUGCCGUUCUCUUGGGUUAACACACAAAAUGCCAGGUGUUAUUGAAGCAUUGAUUAAAAAUGGGAGACAAGUAGAUGCUGUUCAUUUUAUUCAGGCCUUCCAGCUCUCUGAAAGCUUCCCCCCUGUGCCCCUUCUCAAGACAUACUUAAAGGACCUAAGGAGAAACUCCCAAGGAAGGGGUGGGAAUCCAGCUGGUGGACAGGGUGAUGCAAAUGCGCAAGAACUUGCUGCAUUGAAGGCUGUAAUCAAAUGUGUUGGGGAGUAUAGCCUUGAAGCUGAUUACCCACUUGAUUCCCUUCAAAGAAGAGUUGCUCAACUAGAGAAAUCAAAGUCCGAAAGGAAGAGAAAUGGAGAUCCUGGUAAGUAUCAAAACCAAAAGAAAGCAAGACCAAAUGGGGGAUUCCGAGGAUUUCGUACUCCUGGUGCAGCUCCUUCUGGUAGACAGCCUCCACCUGUUUAUGGAGACAGGGCAGCAUACACCGGGAUGUCAUCAGAGAGAUAUCCUCAUGCCGGUCUAAACCCUUACGAGUACCAAGUUCCCGGGCAAUCUGCCUAUCCUCAGCCAGCUGGUGAUCAAAGAUUAUAUUACUACCCUCAAGAGGACAGGCUAUCCGCGGUUUCUUAUAGCGCACCUUCGUCAAAUUAUGGUGGUUACAUCGGUAGUGGGCUGCAGCCUUCUCACCAGCCUUAUAUGUAAUUUUCACUCUGAAGAGUUUAUAUAAUAGGGAAGUUAGAUCAAAGCCAGAUGCAUGACUCAUUUUUGGGAAACCUACUCCCAAUUUGCGGGAAUGGUGCUGAUUUUCCUUCUUUUUUUUUUUUUUUUUUUUUUUUUUUUCCUUCUAAAGCUUCUAUUAGCACGCAACAAUCAGGUGCUUGGUUGGAUCCAUAACCCUUGUAAAACGAGGACUUGUAUGAAAGUUAAACAGAGAGCCUUUAUCUUUUGUCUC